AAAUUUCAAUUCAUACAUUUUUUAUAAACGUGAAUUUAUUCAUAGAUAUAUUUUCAUUUAUCAUACCCGUCAAAAGUCAAUAUGGUUUUGGUAAUGUCGUAUUUGUUCGUGGUUCUAACCAUUCUUUCCAUGGAGUUAACGAUCUCUCAAGCCACAUCUCGUGUCACUUUUAAUGAGUCCUCUAUUGCUGAUUACCACCAACAAUGGAUGAUACAAUUCUCUCGAGUUUAUAGCAAUGAAUCGGAGAAACAGAUGAGGCUUGAAGUGUUCAAGAAAAACUUGCAGUUCAUAGAAAACUUCAAUAAUAAGGCGAAUCAAAGCUACAAACUUGGUAUCAACGAAUUCACAGAUUUGACCGAAGAGGAGUUCCUUGUCACCCACACCAGUCUCAUUGGCAUAAACGAAACCUCAACAUCUGAAGUGUUUGAUGAAACGAUGCCAUCUUGGAAUUGGAACGUCAGUAAUGUUGUCGGCCAGAGCAAAGACUGGAGAAAACAAGGGGCUGUGACACCUGUCAAAAUGCAAGGAGGAUGUGAACACGCAUACCCUUACAGAGCUAAAGAGGGGGGUUGCAGGUCAAAAGCCAAACCCGUCAUGAUGCAGAUUAGAGGGUUUCAAGCCGUUCCAAGCAACAACGAGCGUGCGUUGCUCGAAGCUGUAUCAAGACAGCCUGUAUCGGUGAGCAUUGCAGCGAGGGCGGCGAGUUUCUUCCAUUACGCAGGGGGAGUGUACAAUGCGCCUGACUGUGGGAUCAACGUGAAUCAUGCAGUGACGUUCGUUGGGUACGGGACGAGCCCCGAAGGGAUCAAGUAUUGGUUGGCUAAGAACUCAUGGGGUAAGACUUGGGGAGAGAAUGGUUACAUUAGACUCCGUAGAGAUGUGGAGUGGCCUCAAGGCAUGUGUGGUAUAGCUCAGUUUCCUUGUUAUCCGAUUGUGUGA